AUGGAACGCCACGCGCUCCAAAUCGUGCUGCUCGCCUUCCUCCUGGCUGCCGCGGUGCCCUGCGCCGCGUCUGAGGUCUCUGGAGCAGAGCCAAAGCCAAAUUUCACCGUUACCAUUAGCAAAGAGGGAAUUACAGAAAACAGCCAACGGGAGUUCUCGCUCGGCCCUUCCGCCACUCUCCGUGUUGUCGACGAGACCGGCAAAGCGACUCUCCUGCCCGCUCCGAGCACUGACGCCGCGAGUGAGGCGGGGCAGUACAGCGUCGCGUACGUGUUUGAGAACGGGCAGUGCAACUUCGAAAAAACAGUCGCAUACAAGGACGCCUUCCCUGGCUAUUCGGAAGAAUUAUGGGUCCGUACCGGAACUGAGGCUGGGACCGAGAAGGAGAGUGCAGGAGAAGUUGGGAACUACACAUUUACGAAUCCUCCUGAUGAGUAUUUGAGUGGAGGGGUCAGUUUCUGUGUGCGGUUUACGACGGCGACAAGCACAACCACGCCGUUUCCGACAGCGGCACCGACAUUGCCGACGGUACAGACCCCUUCUUCAUCCGAAGACUCGUCAUCUGGAUCCGGUGGCGGUGAAGGUUCCUCAACGGAUCGUAAUAAUGAAGCUUCGGAUGGAGUUGCCCAGUCUCCCAAGCGAGAUAAUGGCCAUGGCGACACGAACGCCGGCGAAGAACCGAAAGAACCUGAGGCCACAGGAGGCCCCAAGGAAGCGGAAGAGGACCACGACCAAACGACUCCUGUCGUUGUGGAAGACGUGGCAGGCUCCUUCGAGAAGCAAACAACCCCGAUUCAGAUAGGAGAUACGAGCGCUUCUACUCUGACGAGUUCCUCGGGUGAACGCCCCGGUGAAGCCCCCGAGGGAGCAGGCAAGGGCACCACAGUAUCUGACGCCACAGACGAACCAAAGACAGCUCACCCUUCUGGGGCGACAACGCAGCCUAACGCAUCCGUCGAGAAUGCAAAGAACGAAGAUGCUCAUGGUGAUGUCCACCGUCGCCUGAGGCGGCUUUCUGGCACAGAGGCUUCAGAAGUGAAACACCUGACCAUCGUCGUGCACUCCGCUGCUUCCGGUUCUACGGCCGGAACAUUGACGCUGUCAGCUGCUCUGUUGGCUUUGACAGCCUCACUCCUCUCCAGCUUCUAA